AUGGCAGAGGAAAUCAAGCUGACUCCCCUGGAGACCUUCGCACAGGCAAUCAGUGCCUCUGCGAAGACUAUUGCAACUUACUGCAGAGACUCCGGUCAUCCUCAACUGUCCGAUGAUAAUUCUAGCGGCCUCACUGGGGAUGUUCUCCCCCCUUCCGCACCACAGGCAGUCACCGCCGCCAGACAGACCAUCUUGGAGGCAUCGUACCGACUACAGCAAUUGGUCACUGAGCCUAGCCAAUACCUGCCGCGACUGACCGUUUACCCCCAGCACCUGGCUGCCUUACGCUGGCUGUGCCAUUUCAGAAUCCCGGAGCUCAUCCCCGUGCAAGGCACCAGGACAUACUAUGAGCUGGCUACAGAAGCCAAAGUUCCUCUUCAUCAACUGCAGAGCAUUGCAAGAAUGGCAAUUACUGGGAGCUUUCUCCGAGAGCCGGAGCCCAAUAUCGUCGCCCACAGCAGGACGUCAGCCCAUUUUGUUGAGAAUCCUUCGCUCCGUGACUGGACACUAUUCCUGGCAGAGGAUACCGCGCCCAUGGCGAUGAAGCUUGUUGAGGCGACUGAAAAGUGGGGAGACACGAGGAGCAAGACAGAGACGGCCUUUAACCUGGCGCUGGGCACGGAUCUGGCCUUCUUCAAGUAUCUUUCCAGCAACCCGCAGUUCACCCAGAAAUUCUCGGGAUAUAUGAAAAAUGUGACAGCGAGCGAGGGUACUAGCAUCAAACAUCUCGUCAACGGAUUCGACUGGGCGAGCCUCGGAAAUGCGAUCGUGGUUGAUGUUGGCGGUUCUACUGGUCAUGCAAGCAUUGCUCUCGCGGAAUCGUUCCCCGAUCUGAAAUUCAUCGUGCAAGACCUGCCCAUGGUGACAUCUACCUCGAAGGACAAUCGCGAAAAGACCCCUCUCCCAGAGACGGUCGCUUCCCGCAUCUCCUUCGAGAGCCAUGACUUCUUCAAGCCUCAGCCGGUGCAGAAUGCGGAUGUCUAUCUUCUUCGCAUGAUUCUGCAUGACUGGUCAUUCAAAGAAGCAGGCGAGAUCCUUGCCAAUCUAGUACCGUCCGUCAAGCAGGGUGCUCGGAUCCUUAUUAUGGACACUGUGCUUCCCCGUCAUGGUACUGUCCCCGUAACUGAGGAAGCGUUGCUUCGUGUGCGAGAUAUGACGAUGAUGGAGACAUUCAACAGCCAUGAGCGGGAGAUUGACGAGUGGAAGGACCUGAUUCAGGGGGUGCAUACUGGGCUUCGGGUGCAGCAGGUCAUUCAGCCGGCGGGGAGCUCAAUGGCGAUCAUUGAGGUUGUUCGGGGAUGA